AUGAAGAAUGCAGUCAUGAGUGACCAGAGUUGGUUGUCCAACCCCAGGGAGCCCACCGUGCGAGUUACACGAGCACGGGCUAAAGCCUUAGGCUCAUCAGGUGGUUUGCCACCUUUACAUCCUUCAUCUAGACAAGCUGACAAACCUGUGUUCCGAGCGCACUUGAAAAGAGCAGCCCCAGAUAACAAAGAAGCAACAAGUUCAGACACUUCUCCGCCGCACAAGAAAAGAAUUGUUCUUAAGGAUGUAACUAAUAUCACUUGUGAUAAUUUGUAUAUAAACUGCAUAAAUGCAGCUAGAGGUCAGCCUAGCAGGCAGAAGAGAAAUGAUUCUUCACAGAAGAAGGGAAAGGUGGCGACUCCAUGUGUUCCUAAAAAAUCUAAGGUUCCAGGAGAGAGAAGAGAAAAUAUAAAUGAUACAAUGAAAGCAGAUGUGGUGGAAUCACAGAAGAACUUGACAAUUGAACACACUGAAACUGUUCAUGCAAAUAUGACAGGGGCAGCAAGUCUGACUUCAACUACGAAAUAUUCCAGUAAUAGCACCCCACUGAUAAGUUCAGUGACCAGAGAAGAUGUCAAGCUUUGCAUGAAAAAGGAAAGCUUGGAAGAUAGUGGAAUAACUGACAUAGAUUCAAACCACAAGGAUCCGCAGAUGUGUAGCCUUUAUGCAGCUGAUAUAUAUUCUGCUAUGUAUGCAAGACAGAUUGACCGGAGGAUUUCGGCUGAUUAUAUGGAAAACCUGCAACGAGACAUCACCCAGGGCAUGAGGGCUAUACUGAUUGACUGGCUUGUUGAGGUCUCCGAAGAGUAUGGGCUGAUGCCUGAUACACUAUACCUGACUGUAAAUCUCAUUGAUAGGUACCUAUCCGAGAAUCACAUGACCAAACAGAAGCUUCAACUGCUUGGUGUGACCUGCAUGCUCAUUGCCUCGAAGUAUGAAGAAAUUUGUGCGCCUCAUGUGGAGGAGUUUUGCUUUAUAACAGAUAAUACCUACACAAAAGAAGAGGUAGUGAAAAUGGAAAGUUGUGUUCUGAACUUUUUGGGCUUUCAACUCUCUGUUCCCACCACAAAAAAGUUUCUUAGGAGGUUUCUUCAAGCAGCACAAGUUUCAUACAAGGUCCCGUCUGUUGAACUGGAAUUUUUGGCAAACUAUUUAGCAGAACUAACUCUAAUGGACUACAGUUUCCUGAAAUACCUACCAUCCCUAAUUGCUGCUUCUGCUGUGUUUUUAGCCAAAUGGACUCUUGAUCAGUCUGAGCAUCCAUGGAAUCGGACCCUGGAGUAUUACACGAGGCACAAAGCAUCAGAGCUAAAAACUGUAGUUUUAGAACUCCAAAACUUGCAUGUUAAUCCAAGCUGGAACAUGCCUAGCGCCAUACGCGGGAAGUACAAGCAAUCCAGGUUCAAGAGCGUAUCAACUUUGCUUCCACCAGAACCAGAUGAAUCGCUUUUCUGA